AUAACGUUUCAGGUCCGAGAUGUAGAGAUUUCACAGGUCCUUAUCAUGGGGCUCAUCAGACAGGCAGAGAAAGCACCGACAAACAUUCUCUACAAAGUGGAUGAUAUGACUGCAGCCCCUAUGGAUGUCAGACAGUGGGUUGAUACUGAUGAGGCAGGCAGUGAAAACAUUGUGGUGCCCCCAGGAACUUACGUGAAAGUGGCUGGACAUCUUCGAUCAUUUCAGAAUAAGAAAAGCCUGGUAGCAUUUAAGAUCAAGCCUUUGGAAAAUAUGAAUGAAUUCACUACACAUCUGCUGGAAAUAGUUAAUGCACAUAUGAUCCUCAGGAAACAGACUAAGGAAGGAUCAAAAAUGUUUCAAUCUCUCUCCUCUCCUGGGAUGGGCACUGUAAGCUAUGGAGGUUUGAGUAACUUGCCAGUCAAUGGACUAACUGUGCAUCAAAGUCAGGUGUUGAAUUUGAUUAAAACCUGCUCUCUUCCAGAAGGCAUGAGCCUUCAAGACCUGCAGUCUCAAUUGCAUAAUAUCAACAUGACCACAAUUAAACAAGCAGUUGAACACCCACUUUAA